UCUUUAUAUCGUUUCUUCAUAUCAUUAGAUGCAGAACUUUGGCAGAGGCAUCUAUCAAAAUGCGCUCCCUUGCGUUCUUGCUACUUGUGUGUUCGUGUUCUUUAGUGACAGCGUACCAUAGGGUGUGCUAUUUCACGAACUGGGCCCAGUAUAGGCCUGAUCCCGUUAAAUUCCUGCCCAAGGACAUCGACCCCUUGCUCUGCACUCAUAUUGUGUACGCAUUUGCGAAGAUAGACCCGGCAACGAACAAGAUUGGGACGUACGAAUGGAAUGAUGACCGACUCUACAAGGAGAUAAACGACCUCAAGCUAAAGAACCCAAGUCUGAAGACGCUGCUAGCGGUAGGAGGGUGGAGUCACGAGAGCGGACCAGUUAGCCCCUUCUCCCAGAUGGUUGCGUCCAAAUCCAACAGAACCAUGUUCAUCUCGUCCCUACUACAGUUAUCCGACAAGUAUGAUUUCGACGGGUUUGACUUGGACUGGGAGUAUCCCGCGAGCCGGGGGAAUUCCCCGCCACAGGACAAGCAGCACUUUACAAUUCUCUGCGAAGAAAUGCUAGACGCGUUUAAGAGAAAGGCUGCUGACACGGACAAACCACGCAUGCUCCUUACAGCUGCGGUAUCCGCUGGUCAUGGAACCGUGGACGCGGCGUACGAGGUUCAUAAGCUUGCUGGCAUCUUGGAUUGGAUCAAUCUCAUGACCUAUGACCUCCAUGGCCCUUGGGAGCCCUACACGGGUCACCACACUGCCUUAGUGGGACCCCCUGGGGAUAAACUGACGGUGAGCUACGCAGUGAAGUAUUGGAUGGAGAAAGGUAUGCCAUGUGGGAAGAUAGCGCUUGGUAUGGCGAACUACGGCCACGUCUUCGAGCUUAGUGACCCGACAAAGACAGCGCUUGGCGCCCCCGCAAAUGUCAACAAAGGACAUUCGUACCCAUACUACGAACUCUGCAAACUUCCUCUCACUAAGGUCACCGACAAUCCAGUUAAGGCUCCCUACGGUUACCAUGGUAGCCAAUGGAUAGCUUAUGAUGAUGUUACAAGCUUGGGACGAAAAGUCGAGCUGAUCAAGAAAGAAAAUCUCCUAGGGGCGAUGUUCUGGGCAAUCGAUCUCGACGACUUUGGAAACGUCUGCGGCCAGGGUGCACACCCCCUGAUGGGCGCGGUGAGAUACAUGUUGGAAGGGGGAGGGGUCAUGCCACCUACACUUGCCCCUGGGGUCCCGACCACCAUCAAACCGACGUGUAAGGCGGCGGGGGUCUGGGCCGGGAACGUAGGUAUGGACAGCUGGUGUGUGAACAACUGUGCUCUUGGCAACUGCCCACCUACCAUCUGUGUUUGCGCUUGAGUGACGGCUAUCAAUCAUGAUGAGUGACAGUCGCGUUGCUCGAGACAUCUGGCCUAGUGUGAGUGAGUUAUGAUUUACUGUCAAGUCAAAAUAAAAUGGUUUGCCGAGUGAA